GGUCAUGGAAUUUAACGUUUCACUUGUCAGCGAGAUAUCGUGUUGAGACAUAAUCGUGAGUUUUGACUUGCAUAUAUCUCCGCCGCAGUUGUCAUCGGUGAAGAAAUUGGAGGGGACGAGAAAAUUUUAUAUUGUUUUUUUGUUCACUUGUCAAACCGGCCGAAGUUCAAAGUGCGAAACGCGCCAUUAUUGCAUUUCUCAAUACACAUAUACACACACGAGUCGUCUAUAUGUACAUGGAUUGACAAAGUGAAAAAAAGAUCUUAAAAAAGAAGGCAGUGCCUUUCGCGGUUACGACGAAAGAAUAGCAAGAAAAAAUUCGACCUUGCGUAUUGCUUGCAACUAGAAAACCAUCGCGAAACGCAUCACACCAGUACAUAUUUUAGUCGAAAGCGAGAAACAGCUCAAAUUUAGCAAAAUGAUGCCAAAAGUCAAAGUGUACGUUGUUGGCGUGGGAAUGACAAAAUUUGAAAAACCAGGAAGACGCGAUGACUUUGAUUACCCUGAUAUGGCAAAAGAAGCUGUUGUCAAAGCGAUGAAGGAUGCUAGAAUUGCUUACCAUGAAGUAAAAGCCGGUUGUGUUGGCUACGUCUACGGUGAUUCAACCUGUGGGCAAAGGGCUCUGUAUGAAGUUGGUUUGACUGGUUGCCCGGUAUACAACGUUAACAACAACUGUGCCACUGGCUCUACCGCUCUCAUGAUGGCUAAGCAAAUCAUCCAGAGUGGGACUGCCGACUGUGUUCUUGCUCUUGGAUUUGAAAAGAUGGAGAGAGGAUCUCUUACUUCAAAAUUCUUGGAUCGCACAAGCCCGCUGGAUAAACAUGUUCAAGUCAUGGCUGACAUUGCUGGAAUUAACGAAAGUCCAAUAACAGCACAAAUGUUCGGUAACGCAGCGAUUGAGCACAUGAAAAAAUACGGCACGAAGCCAGAGCAUUUUGCUAAGAUAGCGUACAAAAAUCAUCUCCAUUCGGUGAACAAUCCUUACUCCCAAUUCCAAGAUAAAUAUACCCUCGAACAAAUCAUGAAUUCGCCCAAGAUAUUCGGACCUCUCACGAAGCUUCAAUGUUGCCCGACUUCCGAUGGCGCAGCUGCUGUUAUUUUGGCAAAUGAGGACUUUGUGCGUAGUCAUAAUCUUGAGUCGCAGGCUGUCGAAAUUAUUGCUAUGGAAAUGACCACCGAUGGACCAACUACUUUCGCAGAGCGCAGUAGCAUAAAACUUGUCGGAUAUGACAUGACGAAGAAUGCGGCGGAGAAAGUCUUUGCGAGCACAAAAUAUAGGCCAAUGGACGUUGACGUGGUGGAACUUCACGAUUGCUUCUCAGCGAACGAACUGAUUACUUACGAAGCAUUGGGUCUGUGUCCGCCGGGUAAAGCGGGCGAGUUAAUUGAUUCGGGCAACAAUACGUACGGUGGAAAAUACGUGGUGAAUCCGAGCGGCGGUUUGAUAUCGAAAGGACACCCGCUGGGAGCGACGGGCUUGGCCCAGUGUUCUGAACUGUGUUGGCAACUCCGUGGCGAAGCAGGAAAACGACAAGUGCCACGUGCCCAAUUAGCGCUUCAGCAUAACAUCGGUUUGGGUGGAGCGGUCGUCGUGGCACUUUACAAAAUGGGAUUUCCGAAUGCGAUCAGGAGAAACAACGUCGCGGCCGAGGUCAAGCCCGAAAUGUUCAAAGCCAACGCGCUCUUCAAAGUUUUCGAGUCCGCGAUGGCAGACGACGAGGACAAUUUGAUCGAGAAAUUCCGCGGCAUCUACGGCUUCAAUAUCAUCAAUGGUCCCGGUGGCGCCGAAGGCUUUUGGAUCGUCGAUGCCAAAACCGGAAAAGGCAAGGUCGAAUUCAACAGUAAAAUCAAACCCGAGGUCACAUUUAUCAUCAGCGACACCGACAUCCUGGACUUUGUAUCUGGUAAAUUGAAUCCCCAACAGGCUUUCUUCCAGGGCAAAGUCAAGAUCAAGGGAAACAUGGGUCUUGCCAUGAAAUUGCCAGAACUGCAGAAACGAGCUGCUAAAAAAAUUGAAGUUCUUCGCUCCAAGCUCUAAAAUUCACGGAUUUUACACGCUUAUCCUUUCGUCGAGCGGUGAAUAACUCUGCCUGUUGCUGUCCACAUUCCCCGAACAACGGCCAAAAUCAAAAGUGUUCACUCCUCUUCACUUUUCUAUUCUCACGCUAAUGAUUGUUAUGCGGUUGUUGUCGUUAUUUCUUUUCAACUAAAUUCAUUCCGGGACCGCGUUUGAGCCAGUAAUUUCCAUAAAAACAUCACGUUGCCCUUUUUACGCCGUUUCCAACGGCCAGUGAAAAAUUUGAUCAUUUUAUACGUCACUGCACAAAAAAUGACAAGUCGUCGAUUUCCAGAUGAUUUAUCCUGGUGAAUGGGGUGUUGGGUAUCAAUUUUGCCAUACGAUUGAAUUUUUUCACUAUUAUAUACGUUUAUGUACAUAUAAAAAUUGGUAAGAUCUAUAAAUAUGUAUCACAAAACAUAAAUAUCGAAACGCAGGGAUUAAGGAGGUUGAAGCGUAUUUUAUGUUAAAACUAUUUUCCAACUUUGUACAUCAAAGUUUUUUAAACAGAAAGCUUAAGACAAUAUUAAA